AUGGCAUUGGCCUUCUUGCUCAGGCAACUCUCACUGAGAUCCACCGAUACAAUGACCAAGCCAGUGGCAUUUAUCGUCAAUCAUAAUGCAAGGAAAGAAAGUGGCGAGGAGGCUAAGUAUGUUGGCUCACAGCUUCGGAAACUCGGAAUCGAAAGCGAUAUUCUCGAGAUGCAGUGGCCGGCCGCCACUGACCCUGCAAGCCUGCCUGGCUUCGAAAUGCAAGCUCGCCGAGCUCGUUAUCGAUUGAUUGCUGAAACGGCCAUCCGAAGAAAGAUCAGCCACAUCUUUCUAGGGCAUCAUCAGGAUGAUCAGGUUGAGACGAUCCUCAUGCGGCUUAUACGCAACUCUAACGACUCCUUUCUUGGCCGGCAAGGCAUACCCGAGCAUGGCACAAUACCUUGCUGCGAAGAUAUCAAAGGCGCACAGGCGGCAAUUCGACACACUGGCUUCGAGGCCUCGUUGCGUGACGCUUGUGCUCGUUGGGGGGUGAAAAAAGCUUCAGAUGACCCUGUCCGCAUCCACCAAGGUGAGACACUGGUACCUUCUUCAAGUGGUAUCCAGGUGCACCGACCGCUUCUGGCGUUUCCGAAAUCUGCUAUCCUCCAGUUUUGCGCCACAUACGACAUUCCAUAUGUCCUCGAUAAGACCAACUUCGAUCCGACACUGACUUUGCGAAACGCUGUCCGCCAUCUAAGGACCCACUACGCCUUACCACGAGCAUUGCAGGGACCUUCGAUACUAGAGGUCCAGAGAAGGGCCCAAAGUUCCGCGAAGUCUCUUGCUCUACGGGGAGAGUCGAUUCUGCGGAUGAUGACAAUAGAUGUCUUUGAUCUACGGUCCGGCCGUAUGACUGUUUCUCUCCCGCCCCACUUUCAUACUUCAUGCGAAGCCGACCCGGAAGCUGGCGGGUACGCUUUGGCGAGAUUGACAAGUGUGGUGAGCCCACAGUCAAAAGACGAUGCUGAGCCAACUCUGGUGCCCCGACAUAAUCUUAGGGAAUUCCUUGAGAGGAAUCAGCGAAGAGGUGGAGAGCAAAUGACUGUGCAACAGGCUUUACUCGAGAAAAGCGAGAACACGCAGAGCGAAAGUCAGUACAAGGCCACGUCUGACCACGAAGAGGAUAACAGCGAAGGUGACCAUCGCCGGCUUCAACGGGACCGGCGAAGCACCGUCUGGACGAUGUCGCGGCCGCCUAUGCGCAGAAGAGAGCUUGACCGCGCCACGAUGGGUUUCCGUUUCCCCAGACAAGGUAAGAUUGUCAAAGGGAAAUACUCCAGCGACCCUGAUCCGAUUUAUACUGCCGAUGAGAGUCACGAAAAGAAACUCUGGUCGGCGUGGCUGCUCUGGGAUCAUCGAUACUGGAUCCGCGUGCGGGCUGACAGUAUCGAGGGUCUUUCGAGGAUUCGUAUUCGCCCUUAUUCCGAGUCUGACGUACAAAAGGUGUACGAAAUGCUCGAAGACGAAAGAGACGGCUUCCAAGCAAUACUAGCGGAAUCGGCGCCAGGCAAAUCGAGAUUUACAAUCCCCGUUCUGACGGUCGAUCAACAUGUUUCGGUGUUUCCAACACUGAAUGUGAUGGUGGGGAAGUCAAAAUCCGCGGUUCUCAACAGAGCCAGCCCUAACAAAGCCAGCCUUUCUCAACAUCCUAUCUUGGAAUGGGAGGUCUGCUAUAAGACGCUUGAUCAGCUGUUUAUCAAGAAUCAGGUUGGGCCGGUCGAAUGCAGGAUUCCAGGAAUGCAGACGUGA